CACCAGCGGAGCAGGCGCGGUCCGGCGUCGGGACAGGCGGAGCCGCCCCGACCCUUCCGCGGGAGGGCGCGGGGCCGGUCCCCGCCGCGGGGUCGCGGGCUGCUCCGGCACGGCCUCGCCCCGCGGUUCGCGGGAGCGGCAGGAGCGGGGCCUGUCCCGCUGCCGCCGGCCCUGGCGCUGCUGUCCCAGGCCCGCGCUCUGGGGAAGCGGGAAAUGCCCCCGGGAUCCUCCGAGCCCUGCCAGGAUGGCUUUUCCCGUCGGAUCUGGGUCCUGAGCGUUCUUCGGCACGGGGAGGUGUUCGGGCAGUGCUGGGGCAGGACUGUUCAGCUGUUUCAGUCAGGAGCAGUUUCUGGGGCUGGCAGCAGAACAAAAGCAGAGCCAAGUUCCUGUUGUCCUGAAAGGGCAGGAGAUCAUCUUUUGGCUGUACCUGGUUCAUGUCUGCAGGAUGCGUUCUGCCAAAAUGGAGCUCAGUGAUGCCAAUUUACAAACUUUAACUGAAUAUCUAAAGAAAACACUAGAUCCAGAUCCUGCCAUAAGGCGUCCUGCGGAAAAGUUCCUUGAAUCUGUGGAAGGAAGCCAGAACUAUCCGCUGUUACUCUUAACGCUGCUGGAGAAAUCACAGGAAAAUGUCAUCAAAGUUUGUGCAUCUGUAACGUUCAAGAAUUAUAUUAAAAGGAACUGGAGAAUUGUUGAGGAUGAACCAAACAAAAUAUGUGAAUCGGACAGAAUAGCCAUUAAAGCCAACAUAGUGCCCUUGAUGCUUAGCAGCCCAGAACAAAUUCAAAAACAGUUAAGUGAUGCCAUCAGUAUUAUUGGGCGGGAAGACUUCCCUCAGAAGUGGCCAGACCUGCUGACAGAAAUGGUGAAUCGCUUCCAGAGUGGAGAUUUCCACGUCAUCAAUGGGGUUCUGCGCACUGCCCACUCUCUAUUUAAAAGGUACCGCCAUGAAUUUAAGUCAAAUGAAUUAUGGACAGAGAUCAAACUUGUUCUGGAUGCCUUUGCUUUACCCUUGACAAAUCUCUUUAAGGCAACUAUUGAACUUUGCAGCACACAUGCAAAUGAUGCCAGUGCCCUGAAGGUUCUCUUUUCUUCUCUCAUUCUAAUUGCGAAGCUGUUCUACAGUUUAAAUUUUCAGGAUCUUCCUGAGUUUUUUGAAGAUAACAUGGAAACAUGGAUGACAAACUUUCAUAGCCUUUUAACUUUAGAUAAUAAACUCUUGCAGACUGAUGAUGAAGAGGAAGCUGGAUUGCUGGAGCUCUUGAAAUCACAAAUUUGUGAUAAUGCUGCUUUAUAUGCUCAAAAAUAUGAUGAAGAAUUCCAGCCCUACCUGCCACGCUUUGUAACAGCAAUCUGGAAUCUGUUAGUCACAACCGGCCAGGAAGUGAAGUAUGACUUGCUGGUCAGUAACGCGAUCCAGUUUCUGGCCUCAGUUUGUGAGAGACCACAUUACAAGCAUCUGUUUGAAGACCAGAAUACGUUGACAAGCAUCUGUGAAAAAGUUAUUGUUCCCAAUAUGGAAUUUAGAGCGGCUGAUGAAGAAGCAUUUGAAGAUAAUUCUGAAGAGUAUAUAAGAAGGGAUUUGGAAGGAUCUGAUAUUGACACCAGGCGCAGAGCAGCUUGUGAUCUGGUCAGAGGCUUGUGCAAAUUUUUUGAAGGACCUGUAACAGGGAUUUUUUCUGGAUAUGUUAAUUCUAUGCUGCAAGAAUAUGCAAAGAAUCCAUCUGUUAACUGGAAGCACAAAGAUGCAGCUAUUUACCUUGUAACAUCUUUGGCAUCCAAAGCUCAGACACAGAAGCAUGGCAUAACACAGGCCAAUGAACUCGUUAAUCUGACAGAAUUCUUUGUGAAUCACAUUCAACCUGACUUAAAGUCUGCUACUGUGAAUGAAUUCCCUGUGCUAAAAGCAGAUGGUAUCAAAUAUAUCAUGAUUUUUAGAAACCAAGUACCAAAAGAACAACUGCUGGUGUCUAUUCCUCUCUUAAUCAAUCAUCUCCAAGCAGAAAGUAUUGUGGUCCAUACCUAUGCAGCCCAUGCUCUUGAAAGACUGUUUACCAUGAGAGGGACAAAUAAUACUACCCUCAUUACAGCUGCAGAGAUGGCACCGUUUGUAGAAGUGCUGUUAACAAACCUUUUCAAAGCUCUGACACUUCCUGGCUCAUCUGAAAAUGAAUACAUUAUGAAAGCCAUCAUGAGAAGUUUUUCUCUACUGCAGGAGUCCAUAAUUCCAUACAUCCCUUCUGUCAUCACACAGCUCACACAGAAACUGCUGGCUGUCAGUAAGAAUCCCAGCAAACCUCACUUUAACCAUUAUAUGUUUGAGUCAAUCUGCUUGUCAAUAAGGAUAACGUGCAAGGCAAACCCAGAGGCAGUGGGGAGCUUUGAGGAGGCUUUGUUCCUGGUGUUCACAGAGAUCCUGCAGAAUGAUGUGCAAGAGUUCAUUCCCUAUGUGUUUCAAGUGAUGUCACUACUUCUAGAAAUGCAUAAAAAUGAAAUCCCAUCAUCUUAUAUGGCAUUGUUUCCCCAUCUGCUCCAGCCAGUUCUCUGGGAGAGGACAGGAAACAUUCCCCCUCUGGUCAGGCUGCUGCAGGCUUACCUGGAGCGGGGUGCCAGCACCAUUGCCAGCGCUGCCGCCGACAAAAUCCCUGGAUUGUUAGGUGUGUUCCAGAAGUUGAUUGCCUCUAAAGCUAAUGAUCAUCAAGGGUUCUAUCUUCUAAACAGUAUCAUUGAGCAUAUGCCUCCUGAAUCAGUUGACCAGUACAGGAAACAGAUCUUCAUUCUGCUAUUCCAAAGACUUCAAAAUUCCAAAACAACAAAAUUUAUCAAAAGUUUCCUUGUCUUCAUUAACUUGUAUUGUGUAAGAUAUGGGGCAUUAGCUCUGCAAGAAAUAUUUGACAGCAUACAGCCAAAGAUGUUUGGAAUGGUGUUGGAGAAAAUUAUAAUUCCUGAAAUCCAGAAAGUGUCUGGACAAGUUGAAAAGAAAAUCUGUGCUGUUGGCAUUACAAAAAUAUUAACAGAAUGUCCUCCCAUGAUGGACACUGAGUACACCAAACUGUGGAUUCCUUUGCUGCAGGCCCUCAUUGGGCUCUUUGAGUUGCCUGAGGAUGACACGAUCCCUGACGAGGAACACUUCAUCGACAUAGAAGAUACUCCAGGCUAUCAGACUGCAUUCUCCCAGCUAGCCUUUGCUGGGAAGAAAGAACACGAUCCUGUAGGUCAAAUGGUGAACAAUCCUAGAAUCCAUCUGGCACAGUCUCUCCACAAACUGUCUACAGCGUGCCCAGGCAGGGUUCUGUCCAUGCUGAGCACCAGCCUGAACGCAGAAGCAUUGCAGUAUCUCCAAGGAUACCUCCAGGCUGCAAGUGUGAGUCUGCUCUGAGCUGCAGAGACUCCACAAGCAAGAUCAAAAGCUGGUUGUGGUAUGCAGAAGGUCAACACUGACUUUUUUUAUAGCAGAGCUCAGACAAAAUGAAAAAGCUGCUUGAAAUUGUAUUGCAGAUUCCAUCUUGUAAAAGAUAGAUGUGGCUUUAAGCUGAAACUGAAGAAUUUGAUGGUUUGUGUACUCAUAGAUAAAGGUGGCUAACUUCCAUUCCCAGUUUAAUUUCAAGGGAAUAGUCAUAGCAGUUUGUUAUGGGAUUGAUUUGAAAUCUGCAUCUGCAGUGUUUGGAUAAUAUUUGGAAAUGUGUGGAGAGCCCUGGCUGUAGAACCUCACUUCAGUCACUAAAAUUCCUUUUCAUUUUAAUGUUGUCCUUUCUUUUGUCUUUCCUUAAACUUUAUCUGAAUUGUGAAUAAAUAAGAAGUACUUGUUUAAAA